AGAGGAGAGGAGAGGAGAGGAGAGGAGAGGAGAGGAGAGGAGAGGAGAGGAGAGGAGAGGAGAGGAGAGGAGUGGAGGCCCAGAAGCACGAUCAACAUAAAUACCUGGCAUAAAUACCACCUACCUACCUUACCUACCUCCGUAGCCUGUACCUAGACCCAGGUAGGCACAGUGCAGUGCGUCGCCCGCAUCUGCCACACUAUUACUUACAGCCAUCCCUCUUCACCAUCCGCGUCAGCGUCAUACUCGUCCUUACCUCCCUAUUCUUUCCUUUUCUUGCGACUGCGACAUUCCUGGCUCCUGACGUAGCGGUUGCUAUGCUAUGCUUUGAGUCUGACCAGCUUGGCAUUCAAUCUUAAACGACGACGUACUGUAUUCGCCCCCGUCAACAGAGCCCAGCCAGCGAGCGAACCUUGCCCAGACCGAAACCAAGCGUCUUUCUCAACAAGAUGACUUCUCCCACGAACCCUGCGCCAGGGCAAUCUCAUGCUUCAGAGCCUUUUCCUGACUUGAGCAAUCCGCCUUCUCCAACAACAGCAACAGCAGUAGCAGCAGCAGUGGUUACGCCUCAUCGACCAAGUGCAGGAAUCGAGCAGACUCGUAUUCGCCAGGAAUCCUCCACAUCGACACUUCAAGGUCGUUUACGAAGCGCUUCAAAGACGUUCCAAGAAUCGAGUCCCCCUACUGGGUUUAUGAUCGCCAGCGGACAAAUUGCAUCAUCAAUUCCAACACUGUCUGAGAUCAGGAGAGGCAGCUACGGCAGUGAAGGCUGGUCAGGAGAGGGGCAGAUUGUUGAAAAGCAGAGACGUGAAAGCCUCACCAGACGAGGGAGUUCGCAGACCGGACAGAGUUUGCCACGAAGGAGGAGCUCGAACAACAUCGAAAGUGCUCGAGAAGCAUCGGGUCAAGACGUGAUCCCGCAGACUGUACCAGAGGCUUCAGAAGAGUCCGAGCAGCAAACCAGCGGCCCAAUCCAGAGCACUUCGAUGUCAAAUGGGACAGCGAAACGGGUGGAGGACAAACCCUUGGAACAGCGGGGGAGCAACGAUACCAGUAUCACGAAGCCCGUCCCUUCGAAAGAGGGCGUUCAAUAUAGAACAACGCCAUUCGAAAAUGGCUACGAAUUUCCUCCAAAGCACAAGUGGACCGAGUCUACCGUGAUCUUCCUCAAGGCAGCAUGGGGGUUUUUUAUUACGCCAAUUGGAUUUCUCGUCGUCAUAUACGGUCUCAACAUUGUAGCAUGGGGUGGAAUGCUGUUCUUGCUUCUAUGCAAUGCCGCCCCAGCUAUGUGCAAACCGACCUGCAAUGAUAUUAACUCUCCUCGUCGUAUCUGGAUUGAAAUCGACUCCCAGAUUCUGAAUGCUCUUUUCUGUGUUACUGGUUUUGGAACCAUCCCGUGGAGAUUCCGUGAUCUCUACUACUUGAUGCAAUAUCGCAUUCAGAAGAAGGAACUCGGUCUCCGCAGAUUGGCUGGUAUCAACCGCGGAUGGUUCAGACUUGGUGGUUCACAGGAACUCCCAAUUACUCUUGGCCCAGCAGAAAUUGACAACGAGCUUCCCAAUACACCAGAGAGCUGCAUUCCGUUCCCGGUCUCCAAAGUUCCGGAUGCACCGCUUACUGGCAAUCGAGCACCACCCACCGCCCUCUGGAAAUUGGAUUUUGUUAUCUGGUCCAUGGUCUGGAAUACCUUUCUCCAGGCCGUCCUCUCUGGAUUCAUGUGGGGUUUGAAUCGAUAUGACCGACCGUCCUGGAGUACUGGUCUUUUCGUCGCCCUUGCCUGUAUAGUAGCAGCAUGUGGUGGAAUCAUGAGCUUCAUCGAAGGAAAGCAUGUCAAAGCUAUCGAAGGUGUGCCGGUUUCUGAGGCUGACCGAGAGCGGCUGAGACGUGACAGAGAGAUGGGGAUCACUCACUAUAACAACAUCAAGGCUGAGAAGCCGAAAGAGAAGAAGGGGAAAGGAGAAACAGGUGGACUCUUCAAGAGAAAGCAAAAGGACCCUAAAGUCGCUCAGGUGGACAGCUCGAUAGGUGAGGGAUCUUCACAGACUGCCAAGUAGUGAGAUGGCUUUUGGGCUUUUGUAUGAGAGACGUCUUCUGUAUAAUUUGGCUUUGGUCACUGUUUCUGUUCAAAAGUAUAUAUGAAGGAAUGGCGUGACAUGAAUUUGCCUCUGGCAAUAACAAUAUCAUUGUUUUAAUCAUUUGGAUAGAACCUCU